AACGUAUAUGCUCGGGCUUCUUCUUUUUCUCAAAUUAAAGGAUUUUCGCAAUAGCGAAGUGUUCUACUAUCUUUGAAUUAGGGUUUCAGUGUAAUUUUGAAAUUAUAUGGAAGCUUCUGCUUCUUCUUCCUCUUCAAACCCUAGAAUUCGUUAUUUUCGGUGUAACUGCUUCAGGCGUUGUUGUCGCUGCUUCUGUUGUUUCUACUCAUAUCCUUGAAUUUAAAGUCUCUGAUUUUUUUUUUUUCUAUUUUCGAUAUAAUUGUUGAUUUGUGAGUGAGUUUGAAAAAUGGAUUUAUCGCAAGCUCAAUCUGGUCUGUCGCUUGGGUUUCAUUCGCACUCAGCAUCGAGUCCGAUUCCGUUGCAAUUACUUGACCAGAAAGAGGAGAAUCCAGUAGAGAAAAAUGAAAAUCAGAUUGAAGAAGAGGAGAAUUUUAGCAUUUUGGGACAUCCAAUGUGUAUAAAGAGGCAAAGAGAUGGUCAAUCAUCGUCUUCAUCAUCAUCAUCGCCGAAUCCGCCUAAGCGCCCUGCUAUUGAACCAGGGCUGGAGUGUCGACGAGCCAUUGUCCGAGGCUGGGGGAACCAGCCACUUCCUUUGGCAGACCCAGAAAUUCAUGAAAUUAUGGAGAAAGAGAAGCAGAGGCAGGUGAAAGGGAUUGAACUUAUAGCAUCGGAGAAUUUUGUUUGCCGUGCAGUGAUGGAAGCUCUUGGUAGCCACUUGACAAAUAAAUACUCUGAAGGACUACCUGGAGCUAGGUAUUAUACGGGUAAUCAGUUUAUAGACCAAAUUGAAGUGAUGUGUUGCAAUCGGGCGUUAGCAGCCUUUGGGCUUGAUUCUGAUAAAUGGGGCGUCAAUGUGCAGCCAUAUUCAUGUACUUCUGCCAAUUUUGCGGUUUACACAGGGCUUUUAUUACCUGGAGAUCGGAUUAUGGGUUUAGAUUCACCUUCUGGUGGGCAUUUGAGUCAUGGAUAUUAUACUCCAGGAGGUAAAAAUGUGUCUGCUUCAUCGAUUUUCUUUGAGAGUUUGCCUUACAAAGUGAAUCCUCAUACUGGAUAUAUUGAUUAUGAUAAGAUGGAGGAUAAGGCCAUGGAUUUUAGACCCAAGAUACUUAUUUGUGGUGGCAGCUCAUAUCCAAGGGAGUGGGAUUAUGCCAGAUUUAGGCAAGUUGCAGAUAAGAUUGGAGCAGUGUUGAUGUGCGAUAUGGCUCAUAUCAGCGGUCUUGUGGCAGCGAAGGAAUGUGCAAGUCCAUUUGAUUAUUGUGAUAUUGUCACCUCCACGACUCACAAAAGUCUUCGAGGUCCUAGAGGAGGAAUAAUUUUUUACAGGAAAGGCCCAAAAUCAAGGAAGCAAGGCAUGCUUCUUAGUCAUAAUGAUGGUACUAGCCAUUAUGAUUUUGAAGAAAGGAUAAACUUUGCCGUUCAUCCAUUGUUACAAGGUGGUCCUCACAACAAUCACAUUGCUGCUCUUGCCAUAGCCUUAAAACAAGUAGCUACUCCAGAGUACAAAGCAUACAUGCAACAGGUGAAGAAAAAUUCCCAGGCAUUAGCAUCUGCCUUGUUGAGAAGAAAAUGCAGAUUGGUGACUGGGGGCACUGACAACCAUUUAUUGCUCUGGGAUCUAACUACUCUAGGCUUAGCAGGCAAGAAUUAUGAGAAAGUAUGUGAAAUGUGCCACAUCACCCUGAAUAAAAGUGCUAUAUUUGGUGACAACGGCGCUAUUUGUCUCGGUGGAGUGAGAAUCGGCACUCCUGCUAUGACAUCAAGAGGCUGUUUAGAGGGUGAUUUUGAAACCAUAGCUGACUUUCUUCUCAGAGCAGCCCAGAUUACAUGUAUAAUACAAAGGGAACAUGGCAAAUUCCAGAAAGAUUUUCUCAAGGGUCUCCAAAACAGUAGAGAUAUCAUUGAGCUCCGAAACCGGGUUGAGACAUUUGCCUCUCAGUUUGCAAUGCCAGGUUUUGAGUUUUGAAUAUGUGAAAGAGGCAACUUGCAUCCAUUUGUUGAUGAUUUUCUUGGCUUUGGCUUCUUGUUCAUUCCUCAUGUUAACUAGCCAAUUUUAUUCCACACAUAUUUUUCAUUCAUUGUCUUGUAAAUUAUAAAUAUAGGUGAAUCUUCUGGAUACAUUGAGAAAAAUAUAGCAUCAUAAAUUUUCUCAGUGUUUUCCUGAUUUUGUAAAGAUUACAAGAAUACUUGAAAAUUUUGUGAACUCAGUCAGCUAAAAUUUUCUCCUUGCUCUGCUUA